AUGAUGGUAGGUAAUAAUUCUAAAGAAGAUAUUUUAACAAGUUGUAAAGCAACCGCAAUGAUUUAUAAUGAUGGACAAAAAAAAUGGUUACAUUGUGCAUCAAAUGGUCCAGCUAAAAUACAAUUAUUAUAUUCAUCUGAAACUCAAACAUAUCGUAUUGUUGGUCGACAAAUACAAGAUCAUGAAGUUGUUUUAAAUCAUUCAAUAAGUAAAGGUAUUAAAUAUAAUCAAGCAACUCCAACAUUUCAUCAAUGGCGUGAUCAAUCAUCUGUUUAUGGUCUAAAUUUUUCAUCUAAACUUGACGCACAAGAAUUUGGUAUGACAAUGAUGAAAAUUCUUGAAAAUGUUAAUGGUUCUACUAAUAAUUCAUCGACUCAAAUGAUUAUUAAUGGUGGAGCAACUCUGCCAUCAUCAUCUUCAACGAUGAAUAAUAAUAAUAAUAACAUGCCAUCAUAUAAACGUCAAUCCAGUCAACCACCUUCAACACUUCCACCAACAGCAACGACAAUAGUACCUGUCAAUUGUACUUCUUCUUCAUCAUCGAUUUCUGAUGUACAACAACAACAAUACUCAUCAUCACCUUACGCUAGCCAUUUGCGUCAAAAUUCAAUUCCUUUAAUGUCAGCACCAUCUGCAAUAAAUAAUAAUUAUUAUAGUCAACAACAUCAAUCAACUGAAGAUGAAGAAACAAAUUACGCUCUUAUAUCAGAUUCAUAUUCAUAUUACGGCGAUAAUUCUACUAAUAAAACUAAUAAUAUACCACCGGCACCACCAUUAAAUUCAACAAUAUCUACUUCUAAUAGUGUUCCACCACCUCCACCACCACCGCCUCCAUUACCAAAUGGUUUUGGUAAUGGUCCACCACCUGCGCCUGCCCUAUUACUUUCUAAUACAAAUGGUGCUAGUAAUAUUAAUACAGGACGAAAACCAAAUGUUCCACAAAUGGAUUUAAUGUCAGAAAUGGCAGCUAAAUUUGCUCAACGACGUAAAUAUAUUGAUGAAAAUGAGAAAAAUGAAUCAAAUAAUUCAGGUAAUAAUAAAACAUCAUCAAAAACAACAACAAAUUUACCACCAACAACAGCUGGACCUGUAGCAACUUCACCACGUGUUGGACGAAAACCAACUGAGCCAAUUUAUACAUCAAGCGAUUUGGAAAAACUUAAAAUGGAUAUAUUAAAUGAAAUACGCAAAGAUAUUGAAAAAGCUAAACAAGAAAUUCUUAAUGCUAUUCUUGAUAAUCAACAACAUACGAAAAUUUAA